AUGCGGCAGGAGCCUGUCAGAAAGGAUGUGCACGAGCUCGAGAGCAAAAUGGAUACGGGGCUGUCGGAGGUCAAGAAUGAGGUGCAGCAGCUGAAGGGAAGCCUGCACGAGCUCGAGAGCAAAAUGGAUACGGGGUUGUCGGAGCUCGAGAGCAAAAUGGAUACGGGGCUGUCGGAGGUCAAGAAUGAGGUGCAGCAGCUCAAGGGAAGCCUGCACGAGCUCGAGAGCAAAAUGGAAACGGGGUUGUCGGAGCUCGAGAGCAAAAUGGAUACGAGGCUGUCGGAGGUCGAGAGCAAAAUGGAUACGAGGCUGUCGGAGGUCGAGAGCAAAAUGGAUACGAGGCUGUCGGAGGUCGAGAGCAAAAUGGAUACGAGGCUGUCGGAGGUCGAGAGCAAAAUGGAUACGAGGCUGUCGGAGGUCGAGAGCAAAAUGGAUACGAGGCUGUCGGAGGUCGAGAGCAAAAUGGAUACGAGGCUGUCGGAGGUCAAGAAUGAGGUGCAGCAGCUCAAGGGAAGCCUGCACGAGCUCGAGAGCAAAAUGGAAACGGGGUUGUCGGAGGUCAAGAGCAAAAUGGAUACGGGGUUGUCGGUGGGCCCAGUCACUGAUCUUGACACAGAGGAGCUAACGAAUGUGCAGAAGGUCAAGGGUAGCAUGCAGGAGCUUGCGCAGGAUAUGCGGCAGAUGUUCCAUCAAGCCCUUAGGGAUAUUUCGAAUAGCAAUUUCCCGGCGCAGCAGCAGCCUGACCGUGGCACGACUGUCGAUGACGGCCGCGGCGCCUGA